UUUGGCACGUGUCGCUUGAUGGUGGGUUUGGAGUUGGAGUCGGUUCACGGCCACUUUGCACCCUUCUAUCUCCUUAGCUUCGUCAUCGUCUUUUUCGAAACACCCAGUUGAAGAACAAAGAGUAACACUGUUAAACCGCACAUAAUUUUCCUGGGGAAUCUUGGGAUCGAUCGCAACGAUGAGCUGUAUCUAGAGAAAGUUGUUGAUUUUCCGUAUACUUCAUCAUGGGGGGAGCUUGUUCACGGAAGAGAGAUCAACAGGGUGAUGAGGUUUUAAACAGAGGGUUCUCUGGUAAAUAUUGCAAAAGUUCCAGCUCGAAAUGGUUAGCAACCUCGUUCUCUAGGCCUGGUUUGGAUGGUCACCGAAAAAAUGGAGAAUGCCCUACUCUUAUGGAGCUCUGUGUUCGCAAGAUACGGGAGGACAUUGAUAUGUAUUCCAAAUUCUCCGAGCUACCGAGGGAUAUCAGUCAGCAAAUCUUUGACGAACUCGUUUACUCUCAACGGUUAACUUUAAAGUCUCUAGAGGCAUUUCGAGACUGUGCAAUACAGGAUCUUCACUUGGGAGAAUACCCCGAUGUAAAUGAUGACUGGAUGAGUGUCAUCUCCUCGCAAAGUACAUCGUUGCUUUCUGUUGAUUUUUCUGGGUCUGAUAUCACGGGCUCGGGUCUGGUUUAUUUAAAAGGUUGCAGAAAUCUGGAAUCCUUAAACUUUAAUUUCUGUGAUCAGAUUUCAGACCGCGGGCUGGAGCAUCUUAAUGGCCUCUCAAAUUUAACAAGCUUGAGCUUUGGAAGAAAUACUGCAAUCACUGCACAAGGCAUGGACGUCUUUUCCCGCUUGGUUAACUUGAAGAAAUUGGAUCUCGAGAAAUGCCCUGGGAUCCAUGGUGGGCUCAGCCACCUUCGAGGUUUAACUAAAUUAGAAUCUCUGAACAUAAAAUGGUGUAAUUGUAUAACAGAUGCAGACAUGGAACCUCUCUCUGGACUUACAAACCUCAGAAGCUUGCAGAUCUGUUGCAGUAGGGUUACCGAUUUUGGUAUCAGCUACCUUAAAGCGCUUUCUUCAGGGCUAAACAAGCUAUCUUUGUUGAACUUGGAGGGUUGCCGCCUAAUUUCUGCUGCAUGCUUGGAGACACUGUCGGCUCUCACUGGGUUAAUGUUUUUGAACCUCAAUAGAUGCAAUUUUGCAGACAGUGGCUGCGAGAAAUUUGCGGAUUUGAUUAAUCUGAAGAUACUGAACUUGGGCUUGAACUAUAUUACAAAUUCAUGCUUAGUGCACCUGAAAGGAUUAACAAAGUUGGAAAGCUUGAACUUGGAUUCCUGUAGAAUCGGUGAUGAAGGACUGGUUCACUUAUCAGGUCUAGUGCGUUUGAAAUGUCUGGAACUCUCUGAUACUGAAGUUGGAAGCAGUGGCCUUCGUCAUCUCUCUGGUUCAGGCUUGUCUAACCUGGAGAACAUAAACUUGUCAUUCACUGUUGUUACUGAUAGCGGUUUGAGAAAAUUAUCGGGAUUGACAUCUCUUCGCUCGCUUAAUCUGGAUGCUCGUCAUGUUACUGAUGCUGGGCUUUCUGCCCUUACUAAUUUGACCGGGUUGACACACCUGGAUCUCUUCGGUGCUCGAAUCACGGAUUCUGGAACAAAUCAUCUAAGGAGCCUCAAGAAACUGCAAUCCCUUGAGAUAUGUGGUGGUGGAUUAACUGAUGCUGGCGUGAAGAACAUCAAAGAUCUCAUCUCCUUGACACUCCUCAAUCUAUCCCAAAACUCCAACCUCACAGACAAAACACUGGAGUUGAUCUCUGGAUUGAAGGGGUUGGUAUCAUUGAACGUAUCGAAUUCACGCAUAACGAGCUCGGGUUUACGUCACCUGAAGCCAUUGAAGAACCUGAGGUCGCUGACCCUCGAGUCUUGCAAGGUCACCGCGCACGACAUCAGGAAGCUUCAGGCCACCGAUCUUCCAAACUUACUGAACUUCCGUCCCGAGUAGUAUCUCAUCUCAUCAACAAGGUGACAUUAUCCUCAUCCUUCUCUGUAAAUACCCUGCAACUGGUGUCAAGAAAAGUCCCCAAAGUCAUUUGUGUGUGUGUAUAUAUAUGUGUACAUAGUAGCCGUAUGAUGAAUAACAUCCGGGUCAUGUGUGAAAAUGUGAAUACGGGUUCGAAGGCUGAUGAAAUGAGGACCUCCGUUGAUUUCGAAAGCUCGAUCCUUUCGGGGAAACUGUAAAAAAAGCUUUGUCGAGGGUCUCCGAACUGCCUGCUGGUGGUCUGUCUGAAUGUGCUGUAAUAUGUGGGGUAACUAAAUUCUACUGGAUUUUAUUUUUUGGAAAAUUCUUGUAAUGGGAAAAAGUACGUGUGUAUAUAUAUA